AUUGUAAGCCAAAUUUAACUACUACCAUACACCUUUAAAUUAAUUAGUUCAUGAACCCUUAACUCGUAUUUCAACCAACCACUUUUAUUAGUUACUGCAUUGCAUUCAUAUCAUACAUAGUCCCCCCUUAACACCAUGUCCACUCCUGCCAAAAGAAGACUUAUGCGUGACUUUAAACGUAUACAACAAGAUGCUCCAAGUGGUGUAUCAGCAUCUCCAUUACCAGAUAAUGUCAUGACUUGGAAUGCUGUCAUAAUAGGCCCAUCUGAUACUCCUUUUGAAGAUGGUACUUUCCGUUUAGUACUUCAAUUUGAUGAACAAUACCCUAAUAAACCACCAACUGUUAGAUUCAUAAGUGAAAUGUUUCAUCCAAAUGUGUAUGCUAGUGGUGAGUUAUGUUUAGAUAUCUUACAAAAUAGAUGGUCUCCAACUUAUGAUGUAUCAUCUAUAUUGACAUCUAUUCAAUCCUUAUUGAAUGAUCCUAAUAUUAGUUCUCCUGCUAAUGUUGAAGCUGCAAAUUUAUAUAAAGAUCAUAGAUCACAAUAUGUUAAACGUGUAAGAGAGACAGUUGAAAACAGUUGGAAAGAAGAUGACUUUGAUGAUGACGAUGAUGAUGAUGAAGAUGAUGAUGAUGAAGAAUAAUAAAUUAAUGAAAUAUAAAUAAAAAAUAAUAAUAAUCAGUUACACACCACACACCAAUAACAAUCAAAUCACUACCACAAUCAAUCACAACACACCAACCCACGGCAUAUCUUUAGAAAUCAAACGUUGUUUUAUAUUUUUGU